UAACAACGAUCCAAGUGCCUCAUACGGGAGCACAAUGGAUAAUCCAUUUGAUUAUGCAUCAAUAGCAGACUUUAAAGAGGAGCUGCUAACCAAUGGACCUGUCUCAGCAGCUGCAAAGAUCCACGAUUAUUUGGAUCAGCAGGAUAAUAUUCCACUAAAUAUUGGCAUCACAGGAGAGUCUGGCUCUGGUAAAUCCACCUUUGUUAAUGCCUUCAGAGGCAUAGACAACAGGGAUGAGGGAGCCGCCCCUACUGGUUGUGUAGAAACCACCUUAGAGGCUACACCAUACCCCCAUCCCAACUAUCCCAAUGUCACACUAUGGGAUCUUCCUGGUAUUGGCACUCCCAACUUUUCAGCUAGCGAAUACCUGCAGAGUGUUGAAUUUGAAAUGUUUGACUUCUUCAUCAUCAUCUCAGCUGAUCGCUUCAGAGAAAAUGAUGUGAAGCUAGUUCAGGAGAUUCAGAGGAUGCAGAAAAAGUUCUACUUUGUUCGUUCAAAGAUUGACCAUAACUUACGUGAUGAGGAAGACAGCCAGAGGGACUUCACAACGCAGAAAGGACUCUUAAACAAAUCAGGGACAACUGCAUUCAAGGUUUUCAAAAACAAGGUGUCAAGUCUUAUCAAGUCUUCCAUCUGUUAGAGGAGACCCUCGAGAGAGAACUUCCUGCACACAAGAGGAACACUCUGCUGUUGGCCAUGCGUAAUAUCAGUCAUGGUAUCAUCAGCAAGAAGAAAGAGGCUUUACAGGCAGAAAUAAAAUACCUUGCCUCUG